UCGAAGCGCGUCAUCGCGGUUUUAGCUGCAGUUUUCGUCUCGCGGUUGCAUUUUUCGGUCGUCGGAAAGUGCAGAAGAAAAGCGAACUGAUUUUUCCUCUUACGUGUAAUUUUGUUACAAACAGUCCAACAUUGAGACGGACCAAAGGAUAAUCUUCUGGUAAACGCAGUUUUCUGUAAAAGCCGCCGACGAUAACGACGGCGACGGGAUGUUCGAUGAGCUGUCCAAGAGUGAGCUCACGCUCUACUCGAUUUUGAUCUUCCUGUUUCUGGAGAACCUGGUCAACCUCUAUUUGACGCGGCGCCAGAUCUACGUUUAUGAAAACAGCAAGGAAGUCCCGGUGGAACUGCGCGAUGUGAUGCAGAAGGAGACCUUCGAGAAGGCCCGGUUGUACGGGUUGGACAAGGCGAAUUUCGAAGUUUUCAAGCUGCUGGUGUGCGACGUCGGAAUUGCUACGAUCGAGCUGUACAGCGGGUUUGUGGCGAUGGUCUGGGCACGAGCGUUGGAGAUUUCCGGUCGAGUUGGAUUGAAUCCGGCGAACGAAAUACACGUCAGCAUCGUAUUCCUGAUGAUGAUCAACCUGAUCGGGGUAUUCAAGGAUAUGCCGUUCAAGAUCUACGGGACGUUCGUGCUGGAGGAGAAACACGGAUUCAACAAGCAGACGCCGGUGUUUUUCGUAAAGGAUCAGAUCAAGUCGUUCCUCGUGGGACAGGUUUUGUCCAUUCCGAUCGUGGCCGCCAUCGUGUACAUUGUCCAAAUCGGUGGCGACUAUUUCUUCCUUUGGCUGUGGGCCUUCGUGGGAGUUGUCUCGCUGGUGUUGAUCACGGUUUACCCGGUUUACAUUGCUCCACUGUUCGAUAAGUUCCGUCCGCUGGAGGACGGCGAAUUGAAGACCAGCAUCGAACAACUUGCCGCUUCGCUCAAGUUCCCACUCGGAAAGCUGUUUGUCGUGGAAGGUUCCAAACGGUCGGCUCACAGCAAUGCUUACUUUACGGGAUUGUUUGGAGCCAAGCGAAUCGUUCUGUUCGACACACUUCUUCUGAACAAAGGACUUCCGGAUGAUUCGACCCUGGCCGAAGACGAAAAAGGAAAAGGCUGCGAGAACAAGGAAGUGUUGGCGGUUCUUGCCCACGAGCUGGGCCACUGGAAGUUGGGACACGUCCGGAAGAAUAUCAUCAUCAUGCAGAUCCAGAUGUUCCUCAUCUUCAGUGUCUUCUCGCAGCUGUUCAAGUAUUCGCCCCUGUAUCAAGCGGUCGGUUUCCCGGAAAACGUUCAACCUAUCCUGAUUGGAUUCCUCGUCAUCGUAAUGUAUGUCCUGGCUCCGUACAACACCCUGAUCUCCUUUUGCAUGACGAUUCUCUCGCGUCGUUUCGAGUACCAAGCGGACGACUUUGCCAAUGGGCUUGGAUAUUCGAAGGAUUUGGGCAAGGCCCUUGUGAAGCUGCACAUCGACAAUCUUGGCUUCCCGAUCUACGACUGGAUGUACUCGGCGUGGAACCACUCGCACCCGACGCUGCUGCAACGGCUGGAGCGCCUUAAGGGCGCCCAGAAGAAGGAUAGAUAAGAUGGCGCAGCAGCUACUACCGGAAGCUCAAACUUUGCACUGUGGUACUAGUCGGAAACGAGUUAUUCAUCGUGGUGCAGCAGUAGGAGAGACGUUCAAAUUUUCCCAGAUGUCAUAGAAUUGCAAAUCGCCGAGCACUGAGUCUGAGCAGCAAAGUAUGCAUUUUGUUUUAGUUUAGCACGUAAAAUAUUAGAUGAAAUAAUAAACGUAAUGAAUUUGCUUCUUAUCAAUAAAUAUAAAUGCUUUUCAUUAACUCA